AUGGCUCUUCUUUUUCUUUCUUUGUUGAUUCUCUCCCGCUACCGCCUGUCAUCGGGUGCAGAAUGUUUAUAUCAAGAUACGCAAUACGGCGAGGGAGAAACCGUAAAGACUGCCGAGCCCUGUUUAAAUUGCACCUGUACUUCUGGUGUAUUAAUCUGUUAUUUAAGAGUCUGCACAACAGUUCUACCCGCACCGGCUGGCUGCGUGGCAAAAAAACAACCUGGAAGUUGUUGCGCCGACAUCAUUUGUGACGAAGAAGAACAAACUGUGGGAAAUUCUUUCGCUUCUAGUCAAAAUAAUUCAUUAGAAGUCAAAAUAUCGAGUAACCAUUCGGAAAAUGAUGAGCUGAAACCUAAGUUAACCUCCGACCUUCAAGCAAAUAAUAUCGAUCAAAAUCAGACGAAUAUGGUUAUUUCUUCCACCUCUUAUUUAAGUGAUGAAGAUUUGGAAGGAGGUUGCUACAUAAAUGGUUCCCUUUAUGCGGAAGGUUCGGCUAUGAUUUCUUCAACUUAUUGUCAUUAUUGUUAUUGUAUCAGAGGUAAACAAGUUUGUCUUCGACCAAAGUGUCACCUAAUAAUCGAAGGUUGUAAUGCUAGAUACAUGAGCAAUUAUACUUGUUGUCCCACUCAUUACGUUUGCGACGAAAGUUAUUCUUCGACAUCCGCUACGACUACGUCCGAAGCUACCGAUGCCACUACAUUUAAACCUUCAGGAUGCACAAUAGACGAUUUUACGUAUUCGAUCGGAGAUGCCGUUCCUAGCACGGGUCAUUGCCAGACCUGUUAUUGCUCGAGAGAAGGUAUAAAGUGUAGUCCUCUUCAAUGCUCUCCCAUAAUGGAUGGGUGUGUUCCUAUAAUACCGGAAGGUCACUGUUGUCCCGUAGAAUAUAACUGUAAUUUUACGCAAUAUCCGUCGAAACAUACAACAAAUAUCUUCGGUUGGGGUGCUGGAGAAAUAAACGAGACUUUAUCGGAAUCUUCGGUGACUGUACCAGUUUUAAACUUAACUAGCGAUUAUUUUGAAGUGAUCGAUCAAGAUAAGAUAGAAGAGAGAUACGGCGAUGUCGAUCUUAAUCAAAGUAAUCGUGUCUUAAACCAGACGGAGUCUAUCGAAUAUGAAACUAAUUCGAAUGAUUCUCAGACAACGACAUCUGACAUAAUAAUCGAGCUUGAAAAUAGUUCAUUAAGUGUAGAAGAUAGCGAUGUCACUAAUUUAAACAACGACACUUCGCAAGAGUUGACAACCAUUCCAAUCAGUUUCAAUAUGUCUUCGGUAGAAACGGUAACCUUAAAGGUGGUUGAAAUUACAGAAAAUUCAACCGAAACUGAUGCAACUACAGAAAUAACAGCUACUACAAUGGAAAAUUUAAGUACUGAAAUGACUAAAACUGAAAAUGUAACUGAUACACAGAGUGAAAACGUAACAGAAUAUCCGUCUACUACAGAAAAAACGUUAGCGACUGUAACUUUCAACGAUUUUAAACGUUCUCGAUUAGAAGAAGCCCAUCGUUUGCCUCCUCCGUUUCUGUUUUUGGGCUCUCGAUUGGCAGUAAGACCUUUCGGAAGAGGAGGAGUAACGAGAAAUCCUUAUAUUAAUCCCAAUAUCGUGUUAAGAACUACAAAGCCACCAUUAACAGGAAUCUGCAUAAUUAAUGGAAGAACUUUUAUGAAUGGAGAAGUGAUCCUUCGUGGAGAUCCGUGCGAAGUAUGUCGUUGUAUCUCUGGAAGAGAGAUGUGUCGCAGACAAGAAUGUCUUCCUCCUCCCAGUCCAAGUUGCAGAAUGGAGAAAAGUCCGGGAUUCUGUUGUCCUCAUUACAUAUGCGUAAAUCUUCCGCCUCCAUCUAUUCAAAGACGACCACACAUCCCAACAUCCGCACCACACAUCCCAGCAUCCGCCCCACACAUCCCACCAUCCGAACCACACAUCCCACCAUCCGAACCACACAUCCCACCAUCCGAACCACACAUCCCACCAUCCGAACCACACAUCCCACCAUCCGCACCACACAUGCCAACGUUCGCACCAAUCGAAGUAAUCGAUAUAGAAACCUUCAAACCCACAACUACAACAGAAUCGAGCAUCACUACAAUGGAGACUACAACGGAACCUCCGGAAACGACAACAGAAUCCUCAGAAAUGACCACGUUGGAAGCACCAACCAGAUUUUCUUUCAUAGAUCACUUAUUGUCUUUGAUGACCCCUAGUCCUACUGACGCGGAACGAGACGACGUAAUCAGUGAGAAACCCGGAGCAAUUCCUGGAUCGCUGGUCGGUAACAGUUGGGGAGUGUUGAGAGUUUCGGGUUGCAAUGUAUAUGGAAAAUUUUAUAGUCUUCACGACAAAGUGGCAGAAUUAAGUGGAAGAUGCAAGGAAUGUUUAUGUGACGUAACGGGAGUCAAAUGCUCAAUCAUUUGUUAACCAUCGAUUUUUCUCGGCGCAAAAAUAUAUUUUUUCAUUUUUUUACGUGUCAAAUAGUCAUCAUUUCUAAUCAGAGUACAAAUAUAUUCAUAAAAUGACACGAAACUUUUACUUUGGCAUUUCUUCCGAAUUUUUUUAACCUAAACUAUUAUUCGAAACUAUAUUUAAUGUUAAUUUAA